AGCUUAACACUCACUGACAUCUUUGCCCUGUUUACCCCCAGCGAUGGGCAACGUCUAUGAUGAAACGUGAUUCCCCACCAAUCCCAGAGGUCGGUAAGUGUCAAGGAAAGAUGAUCAGCGGAGAUGCCUGGCAUACUUUCCACCGCCAGGUUGGAAAGUAGGUUGGUUGACCCAUUUCAAAACCGCUAGUGCCUAAGGGAGAGCUCAGAGUCUAGAAUUUACUACAGGUUGGGAAUCACAACGAGGUGCUAUAUAAAAGCCACCAGGGACAAAGAACUUGAAUGAGUGAAGCAACCCCUUGGAGGUAAACAAUGUCAGAAAAGAAACCCUCAACGAACAAGAACAUUAAAAAGCUGCGUGCCAUAAGCAUGGUGUGCAGCUUAACACGGAGCUGGCAGCAGUGGGUGAGCGAAAAUGAAGAGAAGCAGUCCAGCGAACCCAGCGGAUGGGCCCCGAGUUACCCAGAAGACCCCAACGAUGCAAAAAUAGUAGUUCCAAAGAUCAAACCAUCUCAAAAGUCUUUUUCCAAUCAAGACCCUAGAAAUAAAAACCAGGAUGAUGUGGAGGCCGCCGAGGAGUCACGCAUCAAAACCGCACAAGUGGUGAAAACUGUGACGAGGGAAGUUCAGGAGAAAAGUGCGGGCAUUGACUUUUUGACCAAACGCAUCUGUAAGGACCCGGCCACGGAUGAACUGGACAAGAUGCUGAGCAAGAAAGGGUCGCCCACACGCCGCAGGAAGUGCUCCAACAUGGUUUCAGAGCUGACACGGGGCUGGAAGGAAAUGGAAAAAGAGAAAAAGCAGGCUCAGGAGGACAGUGAGGAUAAUGAGGAUAGAAGCCUGCAGCUAGGAACCAACCAGGAGGACACAGCGAAUAAUAGGACGAAUGAAAAUACAGAGUCUGCGGUCACAAUCAAAAGAUCCUCUGAUCUCAGGGGCAAGAAGGAUGUUGAAGAUGCCAACAAAAUAAAUACCCUGUCCAAAAAAUACAACGCUGUGGGCAACUUAAAAAGCCGCUGGCAAAACUGGGCAUCGGAGCAUACCGUCAAUCAGAAGCUCAACCCCUUCAGCGAGGACUUUGAUUGUGAGUACUCCAUGUCAACACGGCUGCGGCGGGGGGAGGAGGGCUAUGGGAGGCCCAAAGAGGGCAGUAAGACAGCAGAGAGGGCCAAACGCGCAGAGGCACACAUCCACCGGGAGAUUGAUGACAUGUGCUUCAUCAUAAGGACCAUGGUGGACCCGGAUCCAGACGGUUACACUAGAGUGACUUUUGGCGAUCUGUUUGACAGAUAUGUGCGGAUCUCUGAUAAAGUCGUGGGGAUACUAAUGAGGGCCAGGAAGCAUGGAAAGGUGGCUUUUGAGGGGGAGAUGCUGUGGCAGGGCCGGGAUGAUGGUGUCAUUAUUACUCUGUUAAUAUGACACAGUGUGGGGACUCUGAACUGAAUGUGAAAGAUUUUGCUGCUAUUGAUAAAAUAUAGAAAGGUAUAUUGUUAAAUUAUAUUAUUAAAUUAUUAUGGUUCUAACUGUUUACAUGUAUUACAGUUUGUAAGAUUGCAGACUGCGUUUUCUGAGCUGUCUCAGCUCUUGCCGUGUUUGCUUAUUUAUGUGUAUGCAUGUACAAAGAUUUGUUUCAUUGAAUCAUGCUUUGUAAAUAGGAAACUACUAAAACGAAUUGGAUUUUUUGCAUUAAGGCUAAACAGUAGAGAUAAAAAGGGCUGCUGUUAGUAUAUUAUUUGUCAUACUGUAAAUCAUCCAGAAGAGGGAGCAGUGCACUAACGCUACAAUUUCCUCCUUGCCAUGCAUUUGCAGUCAUUAUGA